AUUAUGCCUACAGAACAUAGAACAUACCAUCUUACCACUAUUUUGUCAGUUAUACCUACAGUACCCAACCCACUAGGUACCUGGUACACAGUUAUCUUCCGCAGUUCCUUUUCUUUGACGGCGCGUUUUACCUAUGUACUUAUAGUUAAUUAUUAAUUAACGUGGUUUAAUUUAUCACAGACGCAAUGGUGAAACUGUGUUCAACAGUACUUAUCGUAUUCAAUUCAUUAACAACAGCCAUCUGCAAUUUAUCACCUACUGUACUACCACUAGCGAAACUUGAUUGGGCAGCUACAAGAAUAAAACACAUUUUUGACAAUGACUUAAUCUACAUUGAUAAGACUUACUUUGCAUUCAUUCUAAUAACUGAUGAUGAUGCUCAAGUAUGCUUACUUCGACCCAGACAAUUCGGAAAAAGUCUAUUCUUGGAUACAUUGAAGGAAAUCCUCGAGGGCAACAAAGAACUGUUCAAGAAUUAUUAUAUAGGAAAAACAAAUUAUGCCUGGAAGAAGCAUAUUGUUCUAAUAUUCGAUUUCUCUUUAUUCUCUUUAGAAGAGGAAGGCGAUUUAGGAAAAAAAUUGUCGCAAGAACUGUUUAAAAUGGCAACAAUUAACGGAGUAUGUAUCAUUGGUGAAGACUUUGAUGAUCUUCUUAAAGACCUCUUAUUAGCAUUAUCAAACAAGAUUGAUUACAGCACUUUCCAUGGCAUCGCUGUAUUGAUAGAUGAAUAUGAUGCGCAAAUUGUGAGACACCUAGGCAAUCCAUCACUGUCAGAAAAUAUUUUUCAAAAAAUGAACAGUUUUUUCUCUAUCCUGAAAUCUCACAGUGAUAUCAUCAACUUUACUUAUGUUACUGGUGUGAGUAACUUUGCCCUUUUUUCAACUGGCUCAGGACCCAACCACAUUACAGAUAUCUCUCUACAGCCUAGAUAUGCUACUGCUCUUGGUUAUACAGAAGAUGAAAUUAAGAAGCAUUUUUCUAAGUAUAUUCAUCAUAUGGCCAAAACCAGAAGUCAAACUGGAGACAAGGUGGUGACAGACCAGAAUAUCCUCAAGGAAAUGCAUACUUGGUAUGAAGGAUAUUUCUUCUCUGAAGAUACUAGUCCACAAAAAAGCAUUUUCAAUCCCUGCUCCAUAACGCAGUAUUUUUUACAUGGACGCAUUAAAAACACUUGGUCGACCAAGGAGAGGGCUCAGUUGCUGCGUCAUGAAUUUCAAAAACAAUCCUUAGAUGUAGUGUUGCAGACCUGUUAUAUCACGCCAAAAAUUAUUGAUGAAGUUACUCUGGAAAGUGGCUCUGACAUUAGUAACAUAAAAUUAUUACCCUUAUUCUACUACCAUGGAUAUUUCUCCAUCAAGGAAUAUUAUAAGAACCAAACCUAUUGUCUUGACUUUCCAAAUUUAGAAGUCAAACACGCUUUUGACAAGGAGAUUGAUCUAGCAGUAGAGGAUUGGAAGUAUGAAAUAACAAACUUGAAAAGCUGCCUUGAAAUUUCAGAUCUAGAACAAUUUUUCAGAACUCUAAAUAGUAUUUUUCUUAAUGUACCCAGUAAACUGUAUGAUGUCGACAGCACUGAAAAAGCUUUUCAUAUGGCCAUUCAAGUACUUCUAACAGCUGCUGAUAUUCCCGCAAAAUCAGAAUACACCUGUUCAUUGGGAACACCAGACAUUGUGGUUGAAUUGAAAAGCACAGUGAUCAUUUUUGAACUGAAGAUGGCAAGAGGACAUAAGAAUGCUGCUGACAUAGCUUUAAACCAAGCAAGGGAGAAGAAAUAUGCGAACCUUUUCUUCAAUAAAGAAAAAAAUGUCACCGUGGUAGGAGUCUCUAUCAAUACAUCAUUGCGGGAAAUUUGUUGGAAAGCUGAAUAUUAUCUGGAUAACGGAGAACAGAUUGACCCACUGGCAAGUCUCUAAUAUGCACAUCAUUUAUUUAAAUUGAUAUGCAAUAAGUAAGUUUGAAUUAUAGACGCUGUACCUGCCUAAAAGACAACCAACUGCAGGCCAAGGGGAACCAAAAUGGUAAAGAAUAGUUGAAGGGUUCACGGAAAGAACCAGGUAAGUCACUUUUUUCAAAAAUGAGUUUAGAGUUGAAUUAAAUUCACACUGAGGAGUAUAAAAAUGUAGUCCAUUUAGAUUUUGAAAAAAAUCAAUUUUUUGUGGUUAAAAUAGCCUUUAAAAAAAAGAGGAGGUGAGAGAAAUGAGCCGAGACCAAAUGUGAGGCGACAGGGAAAAAAAUUCAACAUCGUUAACUACCUAUUUAGAAUGCUAAAAUUUUUCAUUAGGUCAUCAUAAUACUUAAUCGAUUUUCAUCGAAUUCAAGUUGUUGUGAAACACUAAUUUUUCAAUUCUUUGCUUGAUUUUUUCACGAAAAAGUGACUUUUCAACUCGUGACUGGCGUAUCUCUUCAUUUUUUUCUACUAUGCUUCAAGUUGUGUUUGUGGGAUGUUGAGUGAUGCAUUUCCAAUCAUUACUUUGAUGAAAUUCAAAUUCACUACUAAAUUCGAGCAUUCUGACACCUCAAAACGCCGUAACACAAUAGUUUAAAAAAGUGUCUUACCUGGUUCUUUCCGUGGACCCUUCAGUUGUCUAAUGCCAAUUCAUCCUGCUGGGUGCUCUUCUCAGCGCUGCGUUCUUGAAAUUGUGAAUAGCAACUAACAAACUUCUAAGGAGUAAGAAUACCUAAAUGUUGGAAGUUGGAGUACUUGUUUCUUAUCAGCAGGGCUUUGUACCCAAACGUUUUCAGGCACAGAUAUCAGGUAUGGGUACAGAAUUUCGUUUCAGAAGAUUGGGUACAAAUAUGAGGUACCACAAUCAUUCCAAAAUUUUUCGGGUAUGGGUAUGGGUACAGGUACCUAUAUAGGUAUUCCACCCAUUUUGAAUUUUUCUUCAUUUUUUACUAUUUUAGACAAAACAUUGGUGAAUACCCACAUCUAUGUAGUACCCAAACUGGUUCAGAAUAGUUUUAUUGGGUACGGAUACAGGUACAGGUAUUCCUUGCUUUAUUUUUUCGGGUACGGGUAUGGUAGGGUGUCCCUUAUUUGAGUACUUUAGAGUCAAACCCAGAAUUCUCCACUUUUCACUAUUUUGAGAAAAACGCAAAAAACUGAUGGAAGGGGGGUAUCAGUAGUAGCAGGUUUCUGAUCCCGCCUAUAUAUAGUGCUUCGGGUAACAAUCAAAUUGACCAAAAAAAAAAUUUUUCAAGUCUUUCCAUAGCAGUAAUUCACGAUACUAUUUUGGAGAAUUCUGGUUUUGACUCCAAGUCUGUAAAAAAUUUCGAAAAUACAUGAAAAUGCAUGAUAAAAUGAGGGAUAGUUCUAGAUUCAAGUCUGUUGAAAGUAUCUCAAGGUUGUUUACAGUCGACUGGAAUGAAAAAAAAAUUUUUUUGAAGUAUUUUUUUCAAAGUUUGACUUGAACCCGAUAUUUUGGACCCCCUAACCAUCAUGGUAUCGGAUGGGGUAAAAUGUAGAAUGGCAACUGGUGCGUACCUACUAAUUGUACCCAAAACAACCAUAAUCUCAUUUUUGAAAAUUUUGGACAUUUUUCGGAAUUUGGCUCGGACCCGGUACUUUCCUCGGUGUCUCUGGUGAACAAUGUGCCAUUCUAUAGUCUAAAAACUAUGACUUUUUCUCUGCGGGGAAGCGCCCAGGAAUUCUGUUUUAUGAACAAAUUUCUCACUUUUCGAUAAAAAAUAUGAAUUCGAAACGUAAACAUUACCUACUGUAGUGUAAUUAUUAGAGUUUAAGGUGGAAAUGAAAUGAACACUAAAAAAUUCAUUUUGUAUCUUCAAAAAAGAAAAAAGAAGGUCGAUUGGAAACGGAAAAAAAUCAGUGGGACAAACCACUUUAUUUUAAUAUAAAUCCUGAAUUACAUUUUUGGACAAGAUAAUUUCAGGGAAACUAUUUUUGCGUUUUUGUUCUUUUAUUAGUUUUUUUUUUUUUUUAGAAAUACUUUUUCCAGUCGCAAAUUUUUUCCCAAAAACAAAAAAAAACAUUUGAAACCUAUGAGCACUAGAAGGCUUGAAUAAUUUCGUAAAUUGCUCGUCAAUGCAUCAUGUUCUUCAAAAUCACACGAAGGCACAACUUACUAUAAUUAUGUCGGUGAAACAGUUUCGCUCACAAUUGCUAGUCUUGCGCACAAGUCAGGAUUGCGCACGAGUAAGGAUUGCGCACAUUACCUUGUUAGGAUUGUGCACAAGGAAAAAAAAUAAAAUGAUUGAACAGGAUGUCUAACAACUGUAAACUAAAAAGAAGAACCUUGGAAGGACCUUUUGGAAAGACAUUUUCAAAAUUAAAAAUUUUCCAACCCCCCCCCCCCCCAAUUCAUUUCCGAAAAAUUGCCAAAAAAAAUCUUCAAAUCAUCUUCAAACAAAAAAAAAAAAAAAAUUAUCAAGAAAAUACAUUAAACAAUGGAAGGGUGUCUACCAGAAGAUAUUCAAAGAUCGCGAAUUUUCGCGGCGUUUUUUUCAGUAGGUGGGUACCUCUCCUACCAAUUUUUUAACGAAAAAAAAAACUGGGUUAAAACGUAGAAUGCAAAAACCUGUGCAUAUGUAAACGUCCAUUGCCCAGUUGCCCACACAUCUAUUAUAAUUAUUAAAUAUACUUACUGACUGCCUCAAAAAUAAUUUCAAAUACAAUUUCUUCAUGAUAUCAAAUGUUGAACAAGAAACCAUUUUUUAGGGUUCCCCACCAAGGGGAACCCUAUUAAAAUCGCUUUCAAUAAUUCAGCCCUCCACGUUAUUUAGAAAGGUAUCUUAUGUGUUGCGUUAUACGCUAUACAUAAGACUCCUUUGUAUCUGCCAAGUCACUUUCUUCAAUUCUAAAUAGUAAACAUUGCUAAACUCUUUCUACUUUGUUUUUAUCAGCCAACAGUUUUUGAUGUUCCUCCAAUCAGAAUCAAAGACAACGAAAAUUUCUUUUUAUCACUUCAUGAAUGUCCAUCUUGAAUUUUCAAUGAAAUUCAUAAUUUAAUUUGAACAAAAACAGAUUUUAAAAUUAUACUUUAUUUAAAGUUCAUGAAUCAACUAAUCAAGUUAACCAAUGACAAGUGUAAAUCAACAGAGACGUAGUGACAGUUAGAAUCGCCGAUAACUAAGAAAGCGCAUUCAGUGAAUGGGCUAAUUUUGCCGGUGUUGAAAAUUGAAAAAACUACGAGUAAAAUAUAGACCAACGAAAACGAACGAGUAGCUUGAAGAUUUGUUCCAUACAUUUCAUCUUUUAUUUUUUUCAAAUCAGGUUUGCAUAAUAAUGUUAACCUUACAGGUAACUAUGAUUGAUUUCAAUUUGUAGUUCUUCUAGCAAUCUGUAUUUAGGUAAUAUGAUGGUUUGAUACUUAGAUGUUUUUUUUCUUCUUAGAGUACCUUGGACCAAAAGUUUGAUCUUAUGUGUAUCGCAAAUCAAAAGCAACCAUAUUUUGUUCGUUUUCCUUGGUCAAUUCAAUGCGUACUCUUGACUUCUUCAACGUCGACUAAAUGAGCUUUCUUUGUUAUAGACGAUUCUACCGAUCACUUCGUUUCAUUUUCAAAAUUUUAAUUCAACAUCGAAAUAAUAAAAAUAAAUUUUGUGAAAAAUGCCUACCAGUUUACGGGGAACCCGUUGCCAGGUCACCUGUGACCUAGCUUGUUCCUGAAUAUCCUCAAAAUAUCGUCUCCUAUAAUAAGUAAGUACUUAGAUUAAAGAGAAAUGAAAAUUUUGAUUCUCCUCAUUUUUCUUUGUAGGACCGUUGCUUCUGGCAGAAAAUCUGAAGUUUUGUGAUGAAAAUGUGGAUAAAACCAUUUCAAAUCCUUCACCUGUAAUAACAAUUUAGAUUGAAUUUCAAAAUUUUUGUCUGAAUAUCUCUAAACCAACGUUGUGCGCAUUCCUUACAAUGCAAUUCUCAUAAACCAGCAUCGUGUGCGCUUUCCUAUUACAGCCAAUUAUGUAUGAGUAGUAUCAAUUCCAAAAAAGUGCAUUAAAUGAAAGAGGAGUUAUGAACAAAAGUUCCGAAGCAUACAAGCACCAACAAAAACAAAAGGGAGAGGAUGUUGGCGCGCAUGAACCCUCCUUCGUUGCGUUUCCUGUGCCACGCGCUGCGGUGGAGUAAUGCGGAGCUGGACGCGCUACUUUUUUCAACAAAGAGGGACGAUGCGGCGUAGGUUAAUAUACUCCGAUUGGGCUAAGAAUUUUUGGGACAUUAUUUUCUCAUGUAGGUAUAGGUAUACGCAGUACCGGUGCCAGGAUUUUUCCUUGGAGGGGGAUAAUUGGGUCAGAACCAAACAAUUUUGCCGUCUCAUUUUUUUGGGUGGGGGGUGGGGGUAAAAUUAAGCUUCUCGGAGAGCAGAAAUCAAAUAAGUACAGUGGCAUAGUCAGAAUUUCCUCAAGGAGGAGGCAAAACCAGAUUUUUAGGCAUGGAAAAUCGAAAUUAGAGUCAUUUUUUGGAAACCUAUCGUGAUGUGUGGUGAUCAUAUUGUGAAAAAGAAGGUAAAAUUACUGCUCGAGCGAAGCGAGAGCGAAAAUUUUUAGAAAAAAUGGGUCCGAACUAGUGAUGUUAAAAUGCGCGCAUAUUCAUUUGCCUGCGCGCAAGGUGAGCAUUUGCGCGCAAAUUCCACAAAUGGAUGUUAUUUUCUUGUAUUUGUGAUUUUCAACGAGAAAAGUUGUCCAAAAAACGGAAAAGCAUGAAAAAAUAGGACAAAAGCAGGGCAAUUUCUCAUAUUUUAUUUCAAAGGAAGGGAGAGGGGUUCAAUAUUAUUGCAAUCGAUUUUUUCACUCCUUUAGAAAAUAUUUUGAUUUCUUUUUCAAUUCAAAAUUUUCAAAUUUUUGGAUCUUUUCUUCCGAAUUCAUCAUUAUUUGAGUGAAAAUUUUUAGAAAUUAAAAUAUCCAAAAUAAAGGAAGAAUAAAAUGGAAAUUGAAAGAUUUUUUAUUCAAAAUAUGAUAAAACAAGCCAUUUUUCCAAAAAUAUCUACCUCAAUAUCUUCAGAAAGGGGAGCCCUCAAAUUUUGGUUCCAAAGUUGAAAAAUAGUAAAAAAUACAAUAACAAGACAAUUUCUCAAAUUUUAUAUUUUGAAUGAAAGGGGGAGGGGAGGGGUUCGAUAUUAUUUUUUCAGUACUUCAGGAAGCAUUUCGAUUUUUUUUCAAUUCAAAAUUUUCAGAUGGUAAGAUAUUCCCUUCCUUCCCUCAAAUUUAUCAUCACUUGGCAACAAAUUUUUAGAAAUUCAUAUUUUCAAAAAAAAAUAAAAAAAAUAAAAUAAGAAAGAAUAAAAUAUGGGAAGUACAAAAAUUUGUAGGGUUUCUCCACCAAUAGGGGAACCCUAUUAAAAUCACCUGGAAUCAUCGUUUAAGGUUUACUAUUUUCUCCCAAAAAUAUGUACUUGAAUGUUUUUCAGAAGGGAGAGUCUCAAAUUUUGUUUCAUGAUUCAAAAAUAGAAGUGAUUUUAGGCUACAAAGUGUCAAACAAGUAGGACAUCAUGAAAAAAAGGAGAAAACAGCAGAACUUUCUGAAGGACACCUUUUUCAAUUAUUUUAAAAGUUUGGGAAUCAAAUAAAACCAAAAUUCAUCACUCUUCACCGAGAAUUUGUUAUGAAAUAAAGUAAAAAUGGCCCAAAUCAUUUCAUUUUCUGACUUUAGAGGGGAGGUGAGUUGAGUUUAUAGCGUUUUUAUUAGUUUAUUCAUCGAUAGCGACCUCUGGCGUGUAUUUUGAUAUGUCGCAUGAUUUUCUCAUCGUGCAUAUUUCGCGCAUUUGCUCAAAAUUUUUGGGCGCAAAUGCGCGCAUAUGCCCGCAAUUGCGCGCAUUUGCUCGGCGAGCAUAUGCUCAUAACAUCACUAGUCCGAACAACAACAAAAAACAUUCACUUUUGCAUGUUUUAUUUCAAAUUUUCGUUCGCAAGGGAGGACAAUGGCCCUCUUCACUCCCUGGUUUACACCACUGAAUAAAUAUGUCAUUUAUUUGUUUAAUUUUUAAAAAAGAGGGACCUCAGUAACUGAAAUUUGCCUGCAAAGUAUUAUUCAAAGUAAAUCGUGUACGAAUAUACCUAUAAUGUGGGCUUGAGAAGAAAAAAAGGCUUCUUCUUCUCAAAAAAGAUGAAAAAAAAAUGAACAUCGGUUUGAAAUCGGCAUCCAUCUCAGUGAAACAAGGGCGCAAAAAUUCUUGGAAAAUUCCCACUUUAUAGCAUCAAAAUUUUUUCCAAAAAAACUGGCCUCUUGGGGGGGGAUUAUCACCCAAAUCCCCCCCUCUUAAAACCGGCACUGGGUAUACGAAUCAAACUAGGGAAGGUCCCACAAAAAUUCAAAACUUUUUUUUAAGGGACACCCUAGGGUAAGGGUUUGGGUACUAGAAAUUGUUUUGGAGGGAAUGAUUUGAAAAAACAACAAAAUUAUGAUUGGACCGUCUGAUUUUCGUUUUUUGCUCAUAACUUUUUACCAUUUUGCUUUAGAGUGAUGAUUUUGGUCUCAUUUGCUUUCUCUGUGAAAAAGGAACCAGAAAACAUUUUUUCCGUGAAAGUCGAGGCAUUAGUUGACGAAUUAGGGGGUGGGCCGGAUUUAGGAGACGGGCCGAUAUUCGGGUACCUUACCCUUAUGUUAAUAUUUAUGUGGUUAGGCAGGUUCCUAUUUAAAUUCCUGUAACGAUCCUACUUCCCUGAAAUUCCCAUGUGUUUCCUAUUUUAUGUACCUAUCCGAUUCCUACACGUCAAAUCUCAUUAAAAAUACCUUUCUGUAAUUCCUAGUCCUACAAUCAAAACCUAUACCACAGUAAUAAUAAAACAACUUUACGUUUAUCAGUUUAUCACUUUCAUUUUCCAAAUUAUUAGCACGGAGAAAUUGUUGUUUAAAAUUUGAUCAUGCUUUGUCUAAAUUCGAGUUGUUAAUUUCUAACAGUUUUAAACCAUUUGUCACAAAAUUUAUUUCGAAGAAUAUUUCGUAAUAAGUACAAUACCUACCAAAACAACGAUUCUAAACUACCCAACUAUUUUCAAAAAUAACAUAUAGUACAACAACGAACUUAUGUACUUUUUCCAUAUCAAGCAGUGAAAUUAAAUGAAAUAUGGCCAAAAAAUCAUUCAGGGGUCAGGGGAUCCACCAAAUGGGAAGGCUAAUUGUCCGGUGGUUAUUUACAAGUGAGUUUGUCUGUAAUAAUCACAAUACAAAUUCAUUUUAUCUUAUGUAACACAUAUGACACGACCGCCCUUUUUUCACUCCUGUAAUGGAAAUGAUGAUUUUAUGAGAAGGGGGAGGGAAGGGGAGGGUGUGGUGCCCCAAUUCAACUCAAUACCUGUGAGGGAGAUCGACAUUUAUUUUUAAGGACAUCCGCCAAGUCAAUUCUUGUAUGGAAAACUUCUUUUCAAUUGAUAACUAUGAUAUCUGUUAAACCCCCCCUUUCUUUGAAUGAGCAUAGGUCCACUCCCCCCUUCGGGGAAAUGUAAUCACCAAAUAGCAUCGACCUUUUACUUAUAUGUAUAGACUGUAUAGACGGCUACUCUAACGCAAAAUUCUCCCCUUGCUUUUAUCGCAAACACUGUUGAUUUUAAAUUGGAAACAAUGUACAUAUCUGCGCAUGCCUCAGGAAUAGAUGCAUGUUAAUACAACAUGCGUAAACAGUUAACACCACCAUUACCACCAAUGGCGUUUACUGAGACAUGCACAGAUGGAUUUGUUUCCAAUUUGAAAUCGACAGAGUGGGUGACAAAAGCAGCUAUAGUGGGAGAAUUUCACUUUUAAGUAGCCGUCUAUUAUAUAACUAAAAGAUCGAUGCUAAAAAUUUCCAGUAGAAUAAGUUUCAUUUGACAUUAUUCCUGGAUUAAUUUGACAUGUAACAGGCCAAAAACAAAAUGGUUGCUUGGAUCCAUUAUAGGGGAGAACGCUCACCAGGGUCACAAAGGGACACCUCAGCAGUGUUGGGGGUUGGGGAGCAAAAUUGUUUUUGUUCCGGUUUAGGCUCCGGCUCGAAAUUAUUUCGUUCCUCGCUCCGGUUCUGCUUCGCUUAUGAAAAAAAUAACGGUUCAGAUUCUGCUCCACUCCUGAACGCUAAAAAAUUUUGUUCCGCUCCGAGGUUUCGUUCCGACUGUGUAUUUUGACAGUAAAAGUGCUGAGUAGAGCGAAAUCUGCCGUUAAAAACCAAAAUAAUGACACAUUUUUGUCAAAAUUAUGAAAUAGACUUUCAAAACACCAAAAAAUAGGUACAGAAAAAUUGCAUGUGAAGCCAUGCGGAACACAUUAUUACUGAGCAAAAAAUUUUGCUCCGGACUUUUAAUGGUUUUGUUCCAGUUUUUAGCGGUUUCGUUCCAUCAGAUUUAUUUUAUUUACUCCAAUACCGUUUCGCUCCGGUUUUAGGUUCUGUUCCAGUAAAAACUCAAAUUUUCAGGCGGUUCGGUUCCGGUUCUGUUCCGCUCCCCAACACUGCACCUCAGAUUCGUGUUGAGCACAUAAAAAUGGACCAGUACACCAAAAUUCAACUUUUUACCUCACUUUAUUUUACAAAGGAAUUUUAAUUUUCCUAGACUAAUUAUGCAUAAUUGCAAGAGAGGGUGUUAAAAUACUGACCGGUACCACCUCUUGUGUUAGAAUGGCCAAGUAUUAGAAUGGUCAAGUUGUAGAAAAAGAGGGAAAAAAGGGAAAAAUAUUUUUGUUGCCAACCCAGUUUGUUUGGAGAAGAAAAAUUUUUAAAAUAAUUAAAAUGAAAAGUAAAGCCCAAGUAUUAGAAUGGUCAAGUAUUUGAAAAAUAGGGGGAAAAGAGCAGUCUGUUAUAAGAGGAUGAGGAAAAGGUACUUAGACUUACUACUUUUUUGGAUAAUAGGGUACAAGGGUAGCAGUUUUCAGGGUUGGGGGUGUCCGCUCACCUCCGCUUCGCCAAAGUUGCGCGGGUCGCUUUGUUGUUCAUACUACUUACAUAUGUCUGUUAACUUCCCUCAGCCUUCGACCUUCGGCCUCGGUGAGUACAAUUAUGAGCUACGCGUAAUUACGCAUCAUAACUUUUAUUUGUUUAUUUUUAAGUUGUAAUAUUCAUCUUGAGUAUUUGAAUGUAGUUUGAAGAAACACAUGUUCUUUUUUUGUAAUAAAAUUUUGUAUUUGUUGAAAA